UUAUACUCCAUUUUUUCUAACAAAAGAUAAAGCCUUUACCGCUGGAGAGAGCGAGAGAGGAAUGCAAAAGAGGAAAACAAUAAUCUUCAUUGCCGCCGAUCUUUCUUGAAGGAGAAAUUCCGUAGAAGCUCGUUUCUCCACUGCGCUCGUUUCUUCCGAUCCGAUCUGUUUUUCUCGAUGAAUGUAGCUUUUUCCACGAAUACAUUGGAUUUUAGUUUUUACGACAUUUUCUUCGCGUUUUCCAGCUCGAUUGAAGCGUAAUUGGCGGCAUAAGGAGACAUUGCGGGUAAAUUUCGGUUCUCUAAAUAUUUUGCCUAGCGUUUGGUGAAUUUUAGGGUUUUGUGGUGAAAUUUUCGAUUUUGAGGCUACAAAGAUGUGGAUGGGUUAGUGAGCUGUGUAGAUUUUUGGUGUGUAUGAGGAUUUGCUGCUUUGGAUUUUCAUGCGUUGGAGAGGAAGAGGAGGACAUAGACAGCGUUAUUGCGUGUAAUUUAUGUUAUUUCUGCCGUCAGAAUAAGGAGGGCAACUGCCUUUUGGGGAAUGCGAUUGAGGAUAUGGAUAAUGAUGAUUCUGAAUUAGGGUUUUGGGCCAAAUUUCACGAUGAUGGUGGAAGUGGUAGUGGGUUACGGGUGGAUGGUGAACGAGCAAAUGAGAAGGAGACAACCGAAAUGUUUGAUCUUGAUGGUGAAUCGAAUGAAAAGAGUGAGGAUUUCCUGCUUUGGCUAAAUGAGGUGAAGACUCGACGAGCUGAUGGAGCUAGUGGAGGUCAGGAGCUGAAAGUGGAUGUUAAUUUGAAUUUGGGAUUAGGUGGUGAUCCUUCAUCUUCCACGGCAAUGAUUGCUACAGGGAGAGAUAGUUCUGAUCGCGAUUUGCAGAAUAAACGUCCCAAAGUUCACUCUUUUUCUCUGGACUGGGGUACUCAGUUUCUGAAUGAAUUUCAUUACUUUCAUCCCCAUCACGACAAGUUUGAUGAUGGGGAUUUGCCUGAUUCUACUAUUAGCGGAGUCGAUGCAACAAAUAAUAUCGACGCUGAUAGGAUGGACGAUAUGGAAGUUCGGAUGGAUCUGACAGAUGACUUAUUGCAUAUGGUUUUCUCAUUCUUGGAACACAUUGAUCUUUGCCGAGCUGCAAGGGUUUGCCGGCAGUGGAGAGAUGCAAGUUCUCACGAAGAUUUCUGGCGGUACCUGAAUUUUGAGAACCGCUACAUAUCUGUGCAGCAAUUUGAGGACAUGUGUCAUCGAUAUCCCAAUGCUACUGGAGUGAAUAUUUACGGUACCCCAGCUAUCCAUCCGCUGGUGAUGACAGCCAUCUCUUCACUUAGAAAUAUUGAGAUUCUGACCUUGGGCAAAGGCCAGUUGGGGGAAACCUUUUUCCAAGCAUUGACAGAUUGCCAUAUGUUGAAGAGUUUAACUAUCAAUGAUGCUACAUUAGGUAAUGGCAUUCAGGAAACCCCCAUUCAUCAUGAAAGAUUGCAUGAUCUCCAGAUAGUGAAAUGCCGUGUGGUUCGCAUCUCUAUCAGGUGUCCCCUUCUCGAGACCUUGUCCCUAAAGCGGAGUAGUAUGCCACAUGCAGUGCUCAACUGUCCCCUUUUGCGUGAGCUUGAUAUUGCUUCCUGUCACAAGCUUUCAGAUGCUGCUAUCCGCUCAGCUGUGACAUCCUGCCCACUCUUGGAGUCUUUGGACAUGUCCAAUUGUUCAUGUGUCAGUGAUGAGACACUGCAAGGAAUAGCUCAGCAUUGUGUACAUCUCCGUAUUCUUGAUGCUUCAUACUGCCCAAACAUCUCUCUUGAAUCUGUGAGGCUCAAUAUGUUGACAGUUCUGAAACUUCACAGCUGUGAGGGUAUAACAUCGGCUUCAAUGGUUGCUAUAGCUUCUAGUUCGUUGCUUGAGGUUCUGGAGCUUGAUAACUGCAGUUUACUGACAUCAGUAUCUUUGGAUCUGCAACGACUGCAGAACAUAAGGCUUGUACACUGUCGGAAAUUUGUUGAUUUGAAUUUAAGGAGCAAUGUUCUGUCUUCCAUCACAGUUUCUAAUUGUCCCUCUCUCCAAAGAAUCAGUAUUACAUCAAAUGCACUUAAAAAAUUAGUUUUGCAAAAGCAAGAAAGCUUAACAACCUUGGCCCUCCAAUGCCAUUCUUUGCAAGAAGUGGACCUCACUGAAUGCGAAUCUUUGACAAAUUCAAUUUGUGAAGUUUUCGGUAGUGGAGGAGGCUGCACAAUGUUGAGAUCGUUAGUUCUUGACAACUGUGAGAGAUUGACAACAGUGAGCUUCCACAGUACGUCUUUGGUCAGUCUUUCACUUGGUGGUUGCCGUGCUAUAACCUCUCUUGAACUUGAAUGUCCUUACCUUGAGCAUGUCUCAUUAGAUGGCUGUGAUCAUCUUGAGAAAGCAUCAUUUUCACCUGUUGGUCUAAAGUCUUUGAAUAUGGGAAUAUGCCCCAAACUGAACGUGCUCCAUGUUGAAGCGCCAUUAAUGGUUUCACUUGAACUAAAGGGUUGUGGCGUAUUAUCUGAAGCAUGCAUAUACUGCCCUCUUCUUACAACUCUGGAUGCAUCUUUCUGCAGCCACCUCAAGGAUGAUUUCUUAUCUGCGACAGCAUCUUCAUGCCCGUUUAUUGAUACAUUGGUCUUGAUGUCGUGCCCCUCUGUUGGUCCUGAUGGACUUUCAUCUUUGCGCUGCCUUCUCAACUUGACUUACCUUGAUUUGUCGUACACCUUUUUGGUUAAUCUGCAACCUGUUUUUGACUCCUGCUUGUAUUUGAAGGUUCUGAAAUUGCAAGCAUGCAAGUACCUUAGUGACACAUCGUUGGAGCCUAUUUACAAAGGCAGUGCCCUCCCAGCUCUCUGUGAGUUGGACUUGUCGUAUGGGACGCUCUGCCAGUCGUCGAUAGAGGAGUUGCUUGCUGGUUGUCGGCAUUUAACUCAUGUCAGCUUGAAUGGUUGCAUCAAUAUGCAUGACUUGGAUUGGGGGUUUCACCGUAAUGGACUAUCUAAUGUCAGCACUUCUUGUGAGUUGUUUGGUGGCUCGUUUGGGGAAAAUGUGCUUCAUGAGCAUGAACCUAAGCGCCUGCUCCAGAAUCUUAACUGUGUUGGUUGUCCAAAUAUUAAGAAGGUGGUCAUUCCUUCUACAGCUAGAUGUUUCCAUCUAUCAUCUUUGAACCUUUCCUUGUCGUCAAACUUGAAGGAAGUUGACAUAUCAUGCUGUAAUUUGCUCUUUCUCAACUUGAGCAAUUGCAACUCCUUGGAGAUUUUGAAGCUUGAUUGUCCACGAUUAAUCACUCUUUUUCUUCAGUCUUGCAGCAUUGACGAGGAAGCUGUUGAAACUGCUAUAACUCAUUGCAAUGUGCUGGAGACACUUGAUGUCCGGUUUUGUCCGAAGAUAUCUCCCAUGAGCAUGGGUACGCUACGCGUGGCAUGCCCGAGUUUGAAACGGAUCUUCAGCAGCUUAGCAACGAUUUGAUGCCGUAAGAAAUUAUACGACAUUGACAUUAAUAGAGAAACAAUAGUAUCAUGCCUUGUUAGUGUAUAUAGCGAGUUGUCUUUCUUAGGGCUUAGUAUAUAUAUUAGGUUGCUUCGCCAUAUGGAAUAUAUAUUAUAGGUUUAUUUUUAGUUGUGUGUGACUACUGUAUGGUUUUUAAUGUAUUCAACCUUUUCACUGUCAUUUCCCAUUAUCCAUCACCGUUUCUCAA